AUGAACUUGUUUAGUCGACAAUUUUUUAAGUGCACUUUCUGUUCCAAGGAAACCAGGGAAACUUGGAUAUUUGAGAUCCUUCGUGAAGAAACGGCCGCCACAACGGAUAGGCCCAGAGACCUCCUGCUGAUACAGCAGGCCAAGCCCGCCGGCGGCAGCAGCAAAUCCUCGGGCGGCGGACCCACGUACAUCGGCACCGAUGCCGCCACGGCAGCGGCGGUGGCCAAUCUGCGCAGCAAGGUGCCCUCCAUCUCGAUAAUCCCGCUGCCCGUCUCCACGACCAUCGUGGCCCGAAGCGGCGGAGGUGGUGGUGCUGGUUCCGGGCCACUGCCCCACCUCGUCCACUCGUCGGCGAGGAGCGGUGUGGUGUCCAUGUCCACCAAAGCCACGGGCACCUCUCCCCCGCUAACCUUCGUUUCGUCGGAGGGCGCCGGAUCCCUGGGCGGUGCUCCCGCCCUGGCCCUCCUGCCACGCCCCCAGCAGCAGCAUCAGUACCAGCAGACCGACAAAUGCACGGUCCUCAAACUGGACGUGCUGAAGCCCCAGUCCGCGGGGUCUGUGGCUCCAAGCUCCAGCACUAGUACCUAUCUGCAGAUCGAGCAGCAGCUCAGCGAACUGGAGGCCGCCGACGAGGAGGAGGAGAACAUGGCCAGCUUGCUGGGCAGUGCGCCCCCCGCCCAGAUCCUGGCCAACCAGCCGAUCAUCGUCAAGAUCGAGCCCACGCAAUCCUUUCACAUCGUCGACGAGGGCGACACGCGGGUGCUGAGCCUGCCGCUCAGUGACGCCGAUAAGCUGGGCGCCAGUUGGAUAGAUCUCAAGGACAUUGCCGGCCUGCAGGCGGGCGGAGGAGCCACGCUGCUGGACGUCUGCUUCGAGCAGGCCAAUGAAGAGGGCACCAUCAUAGCCACGGUGCAGCCGGACAUGCAGGACGAUCUGGAGGCCGAGCUGGAGGGCAAGGGCGAGCCCGAGGAAGAGACUGAGCCAGAGCCACCGGCAGCCAAGCGAUUGGCCACCACCAGGCCAACACAGUCGCGGCCACAGCAACAGCAGCAGCAACAGCAGGUGAAAUUCCUUUCGGAUCCACCGGCCUUGGCCCGUUCCAGCAGCUUCAGCAGCCUCAGCAGCUUCAGCAGCAUCAGCAAUAUCAGCUCCGUGUGCAAAACCAUGGCCAGCAACGCCAGUCAGGAGGGCAACCUGAAGCGGUCCAAGGAGCGAACUCCUCCGCCGUUGGCCGCCCAGAAGCCCGCUGCAACAUCGACAGCCACAUCAGCAACAUCGGCGACAUCGGCCGGCGCAACAGCAGCAACCUCGGGCAGGGACAACAGCAGAGAACACAGCAGCAGCAGCAACGGCGCCAUGACAGCCUCGAUUUAUUGGCUAUUCACCUAUGUGUGGCUGCAGCAGCAGCAACAACAACAGAAGCAACAGCGGCAACACCAACAGCUACGGGCAUGUGUCCCACUUUCCAUAGUCAACAAACAGCAGCAACUCCAACAGCAACAAAAACAUGUUUUGACAUACUAA